UUGAACUGGUCGCUUGCUUUUUUCAUUAAAAGUUUAUUAGUUCGAUAAAUGUUUUCAAAGAAUGACAUUGAUUAGCAAGAAAGUAACCCAAUAUUUCAAGGCGUGGAUAUCUCGGCGAAUAUUAUCAUUGAAACCAUUGCAAACUUCUGCUGUGAAAAGUCGGCGCCCAACAUACAAUUGCAGUACAAAUUUCAACAAUCCGUCACCAGUACAAGUGAUAGUGUCUCCGUGGCGCUUUCAACAGAGGUUCCUGCGUGAAAAUUUCUCGUUUUCAAUUCUAGCGCGCACUUUACCCACUGCCCCGGUGUGGCCCGUGCAUCAUCCUCUCGUGGCCUCACGUUCAAUUUGGUCACUGGUGCAGCAACCGUACCGUCAUAAUUGUGGAUUGGUUGCAUGUGAACAGUCACCUCUACAGGCGGUGCGCAAAAUUAGUUCACAGAAUCUUCGCCACUGCUACCGGCAUUAUCAAAAUAUCAGUGACUCGAGAUCCGGUUGUCCGAUAAAGAAAUUGUGUACCGUAUCAAGCCUAACUGAUAGUUGUGUGAGUGACCACCGGUCGGUUUUCGAUAAAAGUGCUAGUAACACAAGUGAGAAAUUUCCUGUCUGCAGCAAAUCCUACAAGAUGUCAUCCAAACCGGCUUUCCAGAGACUGCCCACUAAUGUGGUACCGGAACAUUACAAUCUGUCGCUGAAACCGAACCUUAAAUCGUUCACAUUCGAAGGGGAAACAUCGGUGCAAAUUCAGAUCAAGUCUCCUACGAACCAAAUCACGCUUAACGCUCUGGACCUAGAAAUCCUAAAAGCCUCAAUCAAGUAUGGAGCAGAUGAAACGGUAUUGCUAUCCAGCGAGAAAGUGUUCUGUGCUGAUCAGGAAACGGUGUGUUUCAUUUUUCCAUCAGAGAUUCCAGUUGGGUCAGCUACGCUGGAAGUGGUAUUCAACGGAGAGCUGAAUGACAAGAUGAAAGGAUUCUAUAGGAGCAAAUACUUCACGCCGUCCGGGGAAGAGAGGUUUGCAGGGGUGACACAGUUCGAGGCAACUGACGCACGUAGAUGCUUCCCUUGCUGGGAUGAACCAGCAAUCAAAGCCACCUUCGACAUCACGCUGUCAGUACCGAAGGAUCGCGUAGCACUAUCCAACAUGCCCGUAGUUAGCGAAAGUGAGGGUGACGGUAUGCGUGUUUUGAAAUUUGAUAGAACUCCAAUUAUGUCAACCUAUUUGGUGGCCGUUGUGGUCGGAGAGUUUGACUUUGUCGAAGGUAAAACGAAGGAUGGAGUGCUGGUACGAGUAUACACCCCGAUUGGGAAAAAUGAGCAAGGUUCUUUUGCACGCGAUGUUGCUAUUGAAGUACUUCAUUACUACAACUCCUACUUUGCCAUUGAUUAUCCAUUGCCGAAGAUGGAUUUAGUUGCAAUAUCAGAUUUUUCUGCUGGUGCUAUGGAAAACUGGGGCUUAGUUACCUACCGAGAAACAUUUGUCCUUGUCGAUUCGGAGAACACAUCUUUGAUCAGAAAACAAUCCAUCGCUCUCACCGUUGCUCAUGAGAUUGCGCACCAAUGGUUCGGAAAUCUUGUCACUAUGGAGUGGUGGACACAUUUGUGGCUCAACGAAGGUUAUGCUUCAUUUGUUGAGUUCUUAUGCGUGAAUCAUCUGUUUCCAAGCUAUUCGAUUUGGAAUCAAUUCAUAACGGACAUGUACACUCGUGCCUUAGAGUUAGACUGCCUCAAAAACUCCCACCCGAUCGAGGUGCCUGUAGGCCAUCCAGCUGAAAUCGAUGAAAUAUUCGACGAAAUCAGCUAUAAUAAGGGUGCCAGCGUAAUACGGAUGCUCUAUCAUUAUCUGGGUGAUAAUGAUUUUAAGCGUGGAAUGCAUAUUUAUCUAACACGCCAUAAAUACAAAAACACGCGCACCGAAGACUUAUGGACAGCUUUCGAAGAAGUAAGUAAUAAACCGGUUGAGAGUAUUAUGUCGACUUGGAUCAAACAAAUGGGUUUUCCGGUUGUGAGAAUAGUUUCUUCUGAACAAAAAGGAAAUACACGUACUCUAAAGUUGAUGCAGGAAAAGUUCUGCGCUGAUGGCUGCCAAUCGGAGAAGAAAUGUCUCUGGAUGAUUCCUAUAAUAGUAUCCACUCCCAAAACUGCUCAUGCUCACACGUUCAUAAUGGACAAAGAAUCGGUAGAAAUUACCAUCGAUGCUGUUGAACCGAACGAAUGGGUGAAACUUAACCCAGCAUCUAUUGGGUACUACCGGACACAAUAUACUGCCCAGCUAUUGGAACAGUUUCUACCAGAGAUUAGUAGUAACAACAUGCAACCUCUGGAUCGACUAGGAUUGCUAGACGAUCUAUUUGCAUUAGUGCAGGCUGGCAGGAGCUCUACGGUCGAUGCAUUGAAGGUAAUGGACGCUUGCCGAAACGAGCAUGACUACACCGUAUGGUCAUCGAUAACAAAUUUCAUCUCGAAGCUGCAAUUGCUUCUGGCGAACAGUCCGGUAGAGGAGCGACUGUUACAUUAUGGUGUCAGCCUUUAUCAACCGGUUGCCGACGAGCUCGGUUGGACAGUAAAACCUAAUGAGAACCAUUUAGAUACGCUACUGCGCCCACUUGUUCUGAGCCGUUUAGUGUCAUUUCAGUGCCCCAAAACAACGGCUGAGGCUAAGAAAAGGUUUGAAGAGCAUGCAAGUGGUAAGAAUGUUCUUCCAGCUGAUUUAAGAAGCACUUGUUACAAAGCAGUACUGCAGAAUGCUGAUCUGGCUAUGUUCAACGAAAUGUUGCGCCUGUAUCGUGCAACGGAUCUGCAUGAGGAAAAGGAUCGUAUUUCCCGAGCACUUGGCUCAGUUGGCGAUGUGGACAUUCUUCGCAAAGUGAUAGAAUUUGCCAUGUCCGAUGAGGUGCGCGCUCAGGAUUCGGUGUUCGUUAUCGUGUCAGUUUCAAUGAAUCCCAAAGGACGCGAUAUGACUUGGAACUAUUUCAAGGAAAAUUGGAAGGUCUUGUUGGAUCGUUACGACGGAGGCUUUCUGCUAUCUAGACUGAUCAAAUACCUGACGGAAAACUUCUCUACCGAAGAGCGGGCACAGGAGGUUGAACAAUUCUUUGUGGAACACGACUUCCCAGGAACGGAACGGACGGUUUCGCAGUCCAUCGAGACAAUUCGACUGAAUGUAGCAUGGCUGAAGCGAGAUCUAGAGGGAAUUUCAAGCUAUCUAAAGGAAUAGAUCUAUUUAGUCCAGAUACAUUUGUUUUGAGCAACUGAUCCAAUGUCUAGUUUUGGUACAAUUUUUUGUCAUAAUUUAUUGCAUGAAAAAAUAGCCUAUUGCAUGCCAUCCAGUUUCAGGGUAUUUUGAACACAUUGUCCUGAUUUUUUUUCGUUUCAUCCAAGAUGAUAGCCAAAGUUUUUGCAAACUAGCAGUGCCAGUAGUUUAAAAUGAACAAUUUGAAAAAAUAAUCGUGCAUCAUGCUUUAUAAAUACAUUGCAUUUUAUAUAGCCAAGGAAUUUGUUUUAUUACUAAUAUAUACGAUCUAGGUUUGUAGAGAUAAUUAUACAAUCAGUUGCACAGAACAUUAGUUGUGUUAUUUGUAUAGUCGAGUUGAUUAAAUGCAAUUCUGCGAACUAGAAGAUAAAACCGAAAAUAUUUGUAAGUUGUUGAAACAUGCAAUUAAAAAUUAAAAAA